AUGAAGUUUUCUUCAUCUUCAAUCAUUAAUAAAGAUGAUCACAAUGAACAAUUAAAAAAUCAACAAGAUAAAUUCCUAUUUAAUCAUUUUCUAUUUUUUAAUGAAAAAAAAUUAAUAUCACUUGAAAAUUGUCAUUGUUCAUUAAACGAUUCGCUGAUUGAAGAAGAUAAAGAUAAUCGAAAUAAAACAUUCUCAUAUGAAUGUAAUCAAUGUUUAAAAAUUUAUGCUAGUGAAUACGGAUAUAAUUAUCAUAUAAAUAUGUAUCAUUCAAAUCAAUCAAUACUUUGUUCCGAUUGUAAUAUUACAUUUCGUUCCCAUCGUGCACUUAAAACUCAUCAACAACGUUUUCAUUUAAAUUAUUCACAAAAUCUACCAAAUUAUAAUUAUAUAUCAUCAUAUUUAAUUGUUGCAUUUUCAACAAAACAAUUUUCAUUAAUUACAAAAAAUGCUUGUGAACAAGGACGUUUACCAUUAGGUGAAUUAUCAUCGAAAUUAUAUCCAUGUGAUAUAUGCCAUAUAUCAUUUUCAUGUUCAAAUGCAUUAAAAUAUCAUUUAUUAAAUAAACAUGAACAAUAUGAAUAUAAAAUUUGUAAAAAUAUUCUCUAUGAUAUUGUUAUACAAAUUGAAUAUGAUUUAAAAACAGUAGAUAAUAAUGAUGAUGAUGAUAUUGAAUCUAUGAAAUAUUUAUUAUCUAAACAAGCAUCAAAUUUUGGACUUGUUGAUAAACAAUUAGCAAGAGAAAUUCGUUGUAUAAAACACGAACAUAAUCAUUUAAUAUAUCCUAAAUGUCAACAUCAAAAUCGAACAUGUGCAAAUUUAUGUUUAGAAUAUCUUUCUUCCUAUAAUAAACUUAUUGAUAAUUAUUCAUAUAAAAUAACAACAAUACCAAAAACAAAUCCAUUUAUUCAUGGUUCAAUUGUAUCGAAACCUUUAAAUGGAUCAUUAAUUAAUACUUCGAUAGCAACAAAAGAUGAAGUAAAUUCCAAUCAAAAACGUACAUCUUUAAAACGAGUUAAAUCAUCGAUUUCGGAUUUUUCAUUAUCACCACAAACUAAAAGAAAAUUUAAAGUAAAUGAAAUAAAAUCUUCACCUAUUCUACAAUCCUCAACCUCACCAAAAAAAAUCAGUCAUAGUUAUACACGUUCAUUAUCUUCUAUGUCAAGUAAUUCAGUUACAUCGACUCGUACAUCAUCAAAAACAUCUCGACAUCAAACAAUUACAUCUUUAAAACGUAGUCUAUCACCAGAAAUUACACUUGCAGUUGAACGUUCAUCAGAAAAACGUCGUCGACAACGUGAACAACGUAAAGCAAAAGCUGUAUUAUCAUCCUCAUCAUCAUCGGAUAUUGUUCUUAAAAUUGAUGAUGAUGAUAUAGAACAAGAAAAUGGUGAUGAUGAUGAUGAUACGGAUGAUAUUAUAUCUAUAAAAUGUAAAAAACCGAAAAAAACACGACAAGCAUCAAAUAGUUCCGUUGAAUAUGUACAAAUAAUAAAUAAUGAUCAACAAUCAAUAGCAUCAUUGAAUAAUAUUGAAAAUAUAAAAUUAAAAUCAAAUGAGAAAGACAUUAUUCUAUGUCAAUCACCACCAACUGUAAAAAAAGUUAUUUCAUCUUCUGAUAAAAAUCUUUCCAAAACAUCAGUAAAUAAUCAACAUGUACCUGAUUAUGAUGAACAUAUUCGAGUUCGAUGUAAAAUUUGUGAUGAUAUACUUGAAGGAAGAAGUCGUUUUUCGAAACAUGUAUUAACAAUGCAUUCUCAUCUUUUAAAAAAUAAGAUGCCUGAUAUAAAACAGCAACAGACUACAAUUGUUCGAUGA